AUGGAGACGCGUCGCGGCGUGAUGACGUCAGAGCUCGCGGCGCGCAGUGAUUACGUCACGUUGCCGUGGAGCCCGGGACGCCAAAGGGGCGGGAUGGCCGAGAAAAGGAAAUCCCGCGGCACGGGUGCCAAAUCGAAACUGGACAAGUCGCGCACACCAGUCCGAGGAACCCUUGGACGUCGGGCCCAUCCUGGAAGAUCUCCUGGACCGGGUGCUGACCGCGUGCGCGCUGGCGGCCGUGGCACGGCAGCCCUGUCUCUGCAGCGGGUGCCCUUCGCGGUGUCGCGGGCGCGGGACGCCAUCCUGUUCGUCGCUGAGUGGCGGUUCCUGGUGCGGGACGACGGGGACCCGGACCGCGCGGGGGAUCCGGAUCCCGAACGUGACGGAGUCUGGAGCGAGGACGAGGAGCCCCAAACCAGUCACUGGGACUCCUGUACACCGGGCGUUGUCUCCGUCACGGAUGUCCCUCUACCCUCGGAAGAGGUCCCGUCCAAGGAUCUCUCCGUGACAGCCGAGGCUGAAGAAGGUCCGCUCGCGUGUCCCGGCGAGGUCCGCGACGCUGUCUCCCUCCCCGAUGUCCCUUUGUCCCCGGUCGAGGUCCCCGCUGCGAUGCCGCCGUGCCAGUCCCCCUCUGCAGCAGCCGCAGCUCCUUCCGCUCAGGUUCUCGGCGCUGUCACCGCCGUGCCCGUGACAGAGCCACCCCAGCCGGAGCCGCCCAUCGCUCCCCGGUCCCCCAGGAGGGCCCACCGCUUCUCCCGGCCCCAGCGACCCCGCCCGGCCCCGCUGGACGCGUCCCGACCCCCAGCUCCUGCUCCGGCCGUGCCUUCGCAACCCCCAGCGCAGGCACCACGGGAGUCCCGAGAGGGUACGGCAGCAGUCGGUACCCGAGUGCCACCGGCCCCUCCCUCCUCCCGCACGAGCCUGGCAUCGGUCCUGCCGCGCAGAUCCUCCCGCGGCACCGGGGUGCCCAGGCUGGGUGCCCGCCGCGAUGCCGCUCGCUGGGUGUUGCCCAAAGUGAAGGUGAUAGACGUGACCACUGAGCCCGAGCGGGCGCGGCCGGUAGGCUCGCGGUCCCGGAUAAUCCCGUCUGGCAACCGGCAGGUCCUCCCGGUAGCCGGGCGGGCUCCCAAGGGCGAGCCGCAGCUGUGUGACCCCUGGCUGGCCUCGGUUCGGUUGGCACCCGGUGUCACCGUGCGCUGGGGCAACAGCGAGCGGCGCGGGCCGGCCCCGGUGUGGCGCGGCGGGCACGGGAACGGCGAGCAGGAGGAGGACGAGGAGAUGAGAAGGGCGGAGAAGGAGCUGAAGCCCAUUCUGCCCUCCCCGGAGUGCCUGAUCUCAGAGUACAGUGAUGGAGAGGAGCAGCUGGAAAACCCGCUGGGAAUGCGGCGGCUCCCGGGGGCUGUCCCAGCGCCGGGAGUAUCCCCGGUCCAUUGGGUCUCCUCGGCACCCCGUGUCGUACCGGAGCAGGAAAUGGCACCGGCCACGGCACCAUGCGGUUCCCCCGGACCUCGGGGUUCCUUGCCAGCGCUGCUGAAAAAAACCCAGAAGUAA